AUGCACAAGCACAAGUCAAAGUCCAAAUCGCACCGCUGGGGCGCCUGGUCGGAAUGGACCUGGGAUGGCACCCAACAAGCCAACGUGCGCGUUCGCCAGGAUUCCCAAGGCCAUCUCGAGUACGAAUGGGAUCAGCAGCACCUAAGCCAAGCUGGCCAUGCGCAAUCCCCUCGCGAUGCUGCUGUGGAGGACAUGACAGAACGAUUAAAUCGUCUAGCCACGACAACAACUGAAGCUCACUUCGAACCAGAAGAAGAGUAUGCCUACGCAAACCCAGCACCGGAACAGUCACCGGCCAAAAAGACCAAAUCGAAACAUAAAGAAAAAGAGAAAGAGAAAGACAAAUCGCAUCGCCGACAUGCUAGCUCGGACGGCAAAUCGUCCAAUGCCUCUCAGGAUGGCGCGGCAUACAUGGAAACUCCGAGCUUGCCAUACGUUGAAUCUCCAUACGGAGACGAGUACCAACCACAGAAAUCGACGAAAUGGUCACGGCCGAGCCGUUAUGCCGCCUUUGCCGAGGAGAGUGAAGCAUCUUCCAGUAAAACGACAGAAGCGACGCAACAAUAUACAGGGGAUGAUUUCGAAGGAACCAUCUCCAGAUAUGGCCAAGUGCAAAGCGGAUCCGAAGACUCGCCCACACCACAACCUGAGACAAGCCCAGAUGGUGAAUACAUUCCUGGAAUGUCCGAAGGUGACGCCGGUGAACUUGAUCCACGAUAUCGGAUAGAGCACUCGACACGCUUCCAGCCGGGAGAGAUCUUCAAGGUGCACUGGUCUGAACCGCAAGGCUCGAUGAGCGAACAACCAAAGUCUUCGUCCAAGUCAUCGUCAAAGAAUCAAGAUUUGGAAAAUAAAUUCGGCACAAAAUUCUUUGUCGGGUUUAGGCGCUUCAUUGUUGUCGCCAACGACCAGGGCCAUUGCACAUGCGUACCCAUCCUUACCUAUGGCGGCAAAGGAUGCAAGAAGCACGGGGUCAAGCCCGAGAAACACGGCAUCGUCUACGAACGGGGCCAAAAAUCCAAGCGGCUCGACGGCGAGCCCUCGCUUGGCUUUGCACCGGUGCGCGUCGAAAUGACUGAGAACGGCGAAAAGAUUUCGAGGGAGUCUAGAGUCAACUACUCGAAACUCGUCACCGUCGAGCACAAUGUCAAAGUCUUCUUCAUCGGCCACGUCUAUCCUAGUGAUUGGCAGAUUGUCGGCGACGCCGUCAAUCACUGCUGGAACAAGAAGAUUCACCAAAAACAACGUCAAAAGUGA